AUGGAUUAUAACAUUAUUAUAUUUGACGAGGAGUCUAAGGGACCCUACAUUUUUUUGACCAGGAUCAAAAUUGCUCCUGGGGAACAAAUGCAACCAAUCAGAAACUUGUUUCUACUUGCACCUAUCAUAUCCACGUUGUAUAAGACGGCUCAAGACUGUUUGAAACAGCGUCAGCCACGCGAAAUGAUUCAGUUCAUUCUGCUAGCUUGCUCACGGAGGUACUGGGGUCAAAUGGAUGAGGGCGUUUAG